AUGGCACAGGAAUCCAUCAAUCAGUUGCGCCAAUCCAUCGAUAAACUCAAGGAUGUAAUCGAUACUGUUGAAGCCAAGCGUUUACUUGCCUCGCGUGAAGCGGAUUCUCCGUAUCUUACAGAACUGCUAUCUGUUUCUGACAAACUCCACAUGAUUAAGUCUACUGUGGAUGCGCUUAUCUCAAAAUUACCUCAGUCUAGUGAGAUUACACAAACAAGACAACCAAAAGGCAGAGAUAACAGAGACAGUGGCUUGCCAUCAGUCGAUUCGACUGCUUUUAGUAGCAGAGACAGUAGUUUUCUAGAAGACAAGGAAUUCAGCUCUUCAGGUAUGUAUGAAAUAUAUUCCAAAGCAGAUGAUAUUAUCUUUUCAUAUGAUGUGUGGGGAUGGGGUGGGGAAGGUGGAGUGGAUACGGGGAUGUGA